GCUAGUGUCUUUAACUUUAAUGGAAAUGCCACGAGCAUGAAAGUCAUCAGGCUGUCACGGAUCCGCGCGUGGCCAUGAGCGGCAUGAUAAAGAACCGGGCGCGAGGAAAGCGGCUAAUGGAUGAAAGAUGAGGAGAAAAACAAUAGCGAAGCGCAUCCUGUACACUGGACACGAGGGAUGCGGAGAGCAAGCUGAGGAAGCGAGCCACAUCUUCUGUCAUGAGAUGAAGAGACGAAGAUGGAGAGCAAUGAAUGCAGAGAUCUCGUCUUAUGAUGUUGACUAUGUGAAGUUCAAAACAAGGGCUUUUGAGGUUCUUCAGCCCAUAAGUGAUACUGUGAGGGAUGCUGAUUUUACCAUGGAAGUGCUCGGAAGCCUCCAAUCACGAUCGAGGGCGGAGCUUAUUACCACGGUGCUGAGUAUGCAGAGGGAGAUGGACGGCCUCCGAGAGCAAAUCAGGAGCCUAACAGCUUGCGGGAAGUUGGCACAAACGCUCGAAGGCUUGAUUGAGAGGAGUGAUCGAUGGCUGAGCAGCACCAGCGAAACCCCGACUCCCAGCAUCCCGAGGGCGCUUGAAAGAAGCCACCCACCCUGUCAGAUUUCUCCUCCAACAGCGAUUAGUGGGAAAACAAGUGAAUGUGCAAAUUCAGAUCGACAGGGGUGUGGUCAGUAUGAGGUCAAACAAACAAUGCCACAAAGGAAUGGAAAGCUUUGCGAACAAAAACGUAUUACUGCUGAUCUUCUGGAGCGCUGCAACACAGGAACCACCGCUCAGAAACUCACCAAUGACCUGCUGCGCUGCCUGUACGACAGAGACUGUCUGGCUUCUCACUCCAUCUCAGGUGUCAUUAACAGCAAGCGAGGGAUACCAAAGCCAGCUCUUCCAUCUCAUGAGAUCCAUGCCAUUCUGAGGACAGUGCAGCGGUUCUUCCCGGGAAAAACAGAUUCGGAAAUAAAGGGCUACAUUCGACAGAAGCUUCAGAACGAGGCCAAAAGAUUUCGGAAAAGGCCCCACCCAUCUGAGGAUCCAUUGGUGGGCUCUUUUGAGGAGACAGAAGCGCACAGGGCCGAGGCUCUCGAAGGCCGACGGCUAUUUAAGCAAAUUAACCCCGCACUCACCAGCUGUAGCACCCCACCCACCCUUCUCUGGAAAAACAUCUCACAACACAUGGCUCAAAGGACGGCGUGGGAACUGCAUAUGGAAAGUGCAGUUCUGUGUUCUGUAGACGGGAGAUAAUAGCCUCUGGCUCUUCAAUCUCUCGACUGUAAUGUGUUUCUGACGCCAGCUAGUGCCUGCAGCCCCCUGGGAGGUACAGGGACGACAUCAUGAUGGAGUGUCAGGUGCUUCUGUGUGUGCCGUGUGUGUGUGAGAGCAUGUCAGUAUGCAUAUCAAACAGUUCCAUAAUGAUAUCUGUUUUCCAGCCAGCCUCUUUGGACUAAAGGGACCACCUUUGCUUUCUCUAUUCAAAUCACGGCAAAAGGUGCCCGCAUAGACACACCCGUGUGAUGCACACAAUCAUAUGUCUACACAUAGAGACUUUGGAUUUUGAAUCUCUCUUCUGUUUGUCUGAUAUAUCAUUUCGUUGGUCCGUUUCCUUCUUUUUAUCUUAAGGGUUCUGCAGACUGGGCAGCUAUCAGGGUGGCAUGGUAAUGGUAUCCAUGGUAACCGGCUCACAUUGAGUGUGAUGUUACUGACCAGCACCAUCAUGGAAUUAGAUAAUCACCAAGAAUCACAUCCUGACAUGCAUUAAAUGGUUAGGAGAUCUGUGGCGGUUUUCAACUAUAGUCUUAGCUGAUCUCAAAUCAGACUAAGGUGAUGACUUUAAAUGUGGACAUGCUUUAUUUCAUAUUUAGCUGUUAUCUUAUAUUAUCUUAUUCUGUUUAAAACUUAUUCUGUUUUGAUUUUGCUUGAUUUAUCUUGAAAAAAAUGACACUCGUGUAAUAUUUAGCUAAAUCACGCAAAGACAUUAAUGACUUUUGAGUGUAGCUUUAUUGUCCAAAUAAUGAACAUUUGUACUAAAAGGGUCAAUAUUUGACUGCUAGGAUUCAUUUUUGGGCAUGUUUGUAUUCAUUUGUUGAAAUAUUACAGAAGAUGCUCUUCUCUAGCUAAGUUAAGGUUCUUCUUUAGCUGUCUAAACAUCUUGGGAAUUAAAUUUUCCUUGAAGCUUAUUGUGCAGCAUCCCACGCUAACCACCGCACCAUGUCCCCUGACCACAAUCCCGUGUUUCAGUUUCUCCGUCAUUGUUAGAUUGAAAACAGAAAGAUGUUGGCGUGAUGGAGACAUCCUCAACGCUGAGUGUGCGUGUAGUGAGUGGUUUAUGGCCGCGGGGUCAACCUCUCUGAAUAGCGCGGAGAAAGGGAACCCCUCGCAUACACCCUCGCUCACAUAAUUCACAAAGACAGAUCGCUCACAGAGAGAUAUUUCACUGGAUCUGCGACAUGGAAAGAAGGCCUUCUCAUCUGCCAGGCCUACGGCGUUUCGCGGUCUCCGUAAUUCACCCGCGUGAUUGACAGCCAGAGAUGGAAAGCUCAGAAACAGGCCGGGUACGUCAGAUCAUGUGGUAUGCUGGAAUGCCAAAGCGUCUGACUAUUGUCUGAUCUGGACAGGGCAGGCUGUCUUACGGGAUGGGAACGUGUGUGCGAGAGAGAGGUAGAGAAAGAGACAACCAGCUAUUAUAACAGGUCAUUCAGAGCCCUCACAGGCGGAUCAGAGAAGGGUAGUGUGACAGUAUGUGUGAAUAUGUGUGUGUUAUCUGAUCGGUCCAGGGCAGCGGUGCUGUUUGUCUAAUGGUUAGGUUACAGCAAUUACAGGUCGCUGAUUCGCACGAAGACCCGGGCACACACGCACACCUCGCGCCCACACGAGUCUGUCAGAUAUACAUCACUGACAUCCCCCCUGCCGAAUUUACAACUUGGACAUCAAACGCCCCCUCAGACAGAUGUCUGGCACCCUCACCUUACCAGUCACCUGAUAUCACACACGCACACGCACACGCACACGCACACACACACACACAC